CGCGUGAAUCCCGCUCUUUUUAAACUUUACACUUGUAAAGGUGGCGUUUAUCGAUGACGUGGAUAAGGAAGAGCCAAUAAAAUGCGAGCAGGGAAGCUGAUUUUCACUUCCGCCUAGCAGGUUUGGCUUCUGUGUGCAGCAGCAAAGGAGGAGGGUUGAACCGGCUGCCCAGCUCCUCCUCGUGUCUCCGAUGGCGAGUGUACUGCGUGUGGUUGCCAGCAGCUGUUCCAGCCCUCUCUUCACUGGACUGGCCUCGGUCCGGACUGCGAACGUGCCAUGUGUGCGCUUCUUCAGGACCCACCAGGCUCUCGCGCGCUCUGCUGGCCUAGGGAUUCCUUACAAACAGCUGACGGUCGGCGUUCCUAAGGAGAUCUUUGAGAAUGAGCUCCGGGUGGCGCUCUCGCCCGCAGGGGUGGAUGCUCUCAUCAAGCAGGGCUUCAACGUGGUGGUGGAGUCUGGAGCUGGAGAGUCCGCCAAGUUCCCCGAUGAGCUGUAUGUCAGAGCUGGAGCUACUGUCAAGGGAGUCAAAGACGUGCUAUCCUCUGACAUUGUGGUUAAGGUUCGUGCCCCCAUGCUGAACCCAGCUCUGGGUGUACAUGAGACAGAGCUGAUGAAGGAAGGUGCCACUCUGGUGAGCUUUAUCUACCCGGCUCAAAACCCGGAGCUGAUGGAUCUUUUGGCCAAGCGCAAGGCCACAGUGCUGGCCAUGGACCAAGUGCCCCGAGUCACCAUCGCGCAGGGCUACGAUGCCCUCAGCUCCAUGGCCAACAUCGCUGGCUAUAAAGCUGUGGUGCUGGCAGCGAACAACUUUGGUCGCUUCUUCACCGGUCAGAUCACCGCUGCAGGAAAAGUUCCCCCAGCUAAGGUGCUCAUCAUUGGAGGGGGCGUGGCUGGACUGGCUGCUGCAGGAACUGCCCGGGCCAUGGGUGCCGUCGUCAGGGGCUUUGACACAAGAGCUGCAGCCUUGGAGCAGUUUAAGUCCCUGGGAGCCGAGCCACUGGAGGUGGACGUGAUGGAGUCUGGAGAAGGCCAGGGUGGCUACGCUAAAGAGAUGUCCAAGGAGUUCAUCGAGGCUGAGAUGAAGCUGUUUGCCAAGCAGUGUCUGGACAUCGACAUCCUCAUCAGCACUGCUCUUAUCCCGGGUCGUAAGGCUCCGGUGCUCAUCACAAAGGAUAUGGUGGAGACCAUGAAGGACGGCUCGGUGGUGGUGGAUCUGGCUGCCGAGGCAGGGGGCAACAUCGAGACCACGGUCCCUGGACAGCUCUCGGUUCACAAAGGCGUGACCCACAUUGGCUUCACAGAUCUUCCCAGUCGCCUUCCGACUCAGUCCAGUACCUUGUACUCCAACAACAUCACCAAGCUCAUCCGUGCAAUCAGCCCAGACAAAGAGAACUUCAACUUCGAGGUGAAGGACAGCUUUGACUACGGAACAAUGGACCAUGUCAUCCGGGGUUCAAUCGUCAUGCAGAAUGGAAAAGUACUUUUCCCCGCACCACAGCCCAAUAACAUCCCUGUGGCAGCGCCUCCCAAACCCAAAACCGUGCAGGAGCUGGAGAAAGAGAAGGCUGCAGCCGUCUCGCCCUUCACAACCACGCUCACCACCGCCAGCGUCUACACUGGAGGUCUUGCCACAUUGCUCGGACUCGGGCUCUGCGCACCCAACGCUGCUUUCACCCAGAUGGUGACUACCUUUGGCCUGGCAGGAAUUGUGGGAUAUCAUACUGUAUGGGGGGUCACACCCGCCCUCCAUUCUCCACUCAUGUCUGUGACAAACGCCAUCUCUGGUCUGACUGCUGUCGGUGGGCUCUCGCUGAUGGGUGGAGGAUAUGCCCCGACCAACACGGCAGAAAGCCUGGCCGUACUCGCCGCCUUCAUCUCCUCUGUCAACAUUGCUGGUGGUUUCCUGGUCACUCAGCGGAUGUUGGAUAUGUUCAAGCGGCCCACGGACCCCCCGGAGUAUAACUACCUGUACCUGCUCCCGACUGGCGCCUUUGUGGGAGGUUAUGGAGCAGCUCUGCACAGCGGCUACGACAUAGAGCAGAUGAUGUACCUGGGCUCUGGCCUGUGCUGCGUUGGCGCUCUGGGCGGUCUGUCCACUCAGUCCACAGCACGCCUGGGUAAUGCCCUGGGUAUGAUCGGAGUGGCAGGUGGCAUCGCUGCAACUCUGGGUGUCCUGAAGCCCUCCCCUGAGCUCCUGGGCCAGAUGAGCGCUGCCAUGGCCGUGGGUGGCACUGCCGGUUUGGCCAUCGCCAAGAAGAUCCAGAUUUCAGAUCUGCCUCAGCUAGUGGCUGCCUUCCACAGUCUGGUCGGUUUGGCCGCCGUGCUCACCUGCGUGGCCGAGUACAUGGUGGAGUACCCGCACUUUGCCACAGACCCUGCUGCCAACCUCACCAAGAUUGUUGCAUACCUGGGCACCUACAUCGGUGGCGUCACCUUCAGCGGUUCCCUAGUCGCAUACGGCAAACUGCAAGGUCUCCUGAACUCUGCUCCGCUCAUGCUCCCAGGCCGUCACGCUCUGAACGCCAGCCUCAUGGCUGCCAGUGUGGGAGGCAUUGUGCCCUACAUGAUGGACCCCAGCUACACCAUGGGCAUCACCUGCCUUGGCUCCGUUUCUGCCCUUUCGGCCAUCAUGGGGGUGACUCUGACUGCAGCCAUUGGUGGAGCAGACAUGCCAGUGGUCAUCACGGUGCUGAACAGUUACUCAGGCUGGGCUUUGUGUGCUGAGGGCUUCCUGCUCAACAACAAUCUGCUCACCAUCGUUGGAGCGCUGAUCGGCUCAUCUGGAGCCAUCCUGUCCUACAUCAUGUGUGUGGCCAUGAACCGAUCACUGGCUAACGUCAUCCUUGGCGGCUACGGAACCUCCUCCACUGGCACUGGCAAGCCCAUGGAGAUCACGGGCACCCACACCGAGGUCAAUGUGGACCAGACUGUGGAGAUGAUCAAAGAAGCCCAGAACAUUAUUAUUGUCCCAGGUUAUGGUCUGUGUGCAGCUAAAGCUCAGUAUCCCAUUGCUGACCUUGUCAAGUGUCUGAGUGAGCAGGGCAAGACAGUCAGGUUCGGCAUCCACCCCGUCGCCGGGCGCAUGCCUGGGCAGCUGAAUGUGCUGUUGGCUGAAGCUGGCGUGCCAUAUGACAUUGUUCUUGAGAUGGAUGAGAUCAACCAUGAUUUCCCCGAAACCGACCUGGUGUUGGUCAUUGGAGCCAACGACACGGUUAACUCAGCUGCUCAGGAAGACCCCAACUCCAUCAUCGCUGGAAUGCCAGUGCUGGAGGUGUGGAAGUCCAAACAGGUCAUCGUGAUGAAGAGGUCUCUGGGUGUGGGCUAUGCGGCCGUGGACAACCCCAUAUUCUACAAAGCCAACACCUCGAUGCUUUUAGGAGAUGCCAAGAAGACGUGCGACGCAUUGGCUUCUAAAGUGCGUGAAGGUUAACGAACAAGCUCUGGAACACUGGGCGUCCGUGAGGGUAGAAAAAUCGAUGCACCCUUUUUAUUAAAGGGAACAGGGUGUACAAAGUGACCAUUAUACCCCUUAGACAAAGUAGAAAUGAUAAAGCUCCACUCCUUACCACACUCCCCCCCCCCCCCCCCCCCCAAUCCAUGAAGAUUGUAUGUUUUUUGUUCAGUAUUUGCUCUGUCUGCCUAAUUAAAUUGUACUAGAAGGUUAAAAAAAGCAUUUCAACAAUUCAUCAGUAGGAGCUAAGUACAACUUGUCAGGGAUUAUUAUUAUUUUUUUUUUUAUUAAACAAGUAUCCGUUUAUCAAUCAUUUUAAGCUCUAGGUUUUUAAGAGGGAACCAUGCAUAAUAAGACAUAUUAAUUGACCAGCCUGUGAAAACAUGAAAGAUGGAAUUUUGAAGGCCAUUUUUUCUUGAUGCAAUGCAGUUUUUUUUCUUACCUCAUUAAGAAGUCAUGGAAGUCUGAAGAAUCAAUACCAGAAAAUUAGAAAGAGCAGAUCGAUAUAAUGUAGGAGGUGAGAUUUAUCCUGUAUAAUUCAGUAAACAAGACAAACAUUAGAAUGAUGUUCAGGUCUAAUCUAAUGCUGGCAUGUGUGCCACGUCUUGUUUCCUACCCCACGUGCCAAGUCUGUUCACAGGGCUUUUGCUUGGCAUUUUUUUAUGAUGGCGGUUAAUAAUACAAAGCAUUAUGAGGGAGAACACAACAGACCCUACCUCUUGACAGUAUUAAACCUGACCAGACAAUCCCCUAUGACGAAGAUGAUUUCCCGAAGCACAUUUCCCGGCUAAUAUUUUACUUAAUCUGCAGCAGCAUUAACACAGCCAGCUUGUCCCUUGAUUUUAGGCAGGAGGUCUGCUUAAUACCUUUUCACCAUUUCAAGUAACAGUUGGUAUCACUUUUUUUAAAGACUUUUUGUCAAUCCAACAGCUGAAUUAAAAGGCAGGAAGAAACAAGCAAUAAAACAACCAUAAUAUAGGAAGUAAAUAGGAUAAAAAAAAAAAAACCUAGGUGGUUUCUGUUUGAUGAUAUGCAGAUGUUCUCACUCCACUUUUUACUGUGUUUAUUUAGAAAUAUUGAUGCUCUUAAAUAUUACUUGUGCAAAAUGAAGUGAAGGUGAAGAGAGAAACAUUUUGUUGCGUCAUGGUUUGCAGAUUAAACAAGUUAAUGAUGUACUGUGAAGUGUUUUUUUCUCUCUCUGCAAUUCAUCAUGAAACAUCACUCUUAAUAAACAUCUAGAUUAAAAAAAA